AUGAGCCGUCCGCUCCUUUUUAUGUUAAGUAAGUCAACCCAAGAUACUCUGUCUUGAUGCUUUGAUUCAAUUACAUUGUUUCAUGCAACAAUAGAGUGCAUAGUAGUGUUAGAAUUGUAAGAAAGUAAAUUCUGUAUCUUUUCAUUACCAUGAUGUAGGUAUUUUUCGUUUUCUUUAUUUAUGUUACCUAUUAUCUUCAUUUUACGUAGUAGACAUUGUAUUGUUUUACUUAAUCCAUGUAAAAUUUCAGCUGAUUUUUGCUUUAUAUUACUUUAGCUAAACCAAAGGUCAUCACUUUACUAUUUAACUGGCAAAUCUAGGGUUAUUGUUCCCAAUUUCAUACCUAAAACACUAUGAUAACUCCACGUGUUUUAGUUGUAGUCAUGAGCCUAAUCGCUUUUAUCAAUAGCGCUCCAGUAGACAUGCAAGAUCAGCUACGACCUGCAAUGGUAAGACUUUUUGAUUUUUAGUUUUACAACACGUUUUGAUAUUAAAAUAAAAUUUACAUUCAUAAAGAUAUUCACAUAUCUAACAUAUACUAAGCCGCAUUACAUUCCCUUAUAAUUUUUUACUUAUGGCCUAAAAUUAUAAUAUAUGACAUGCCCUUAUAUUUUCUGAAAGCUUCAUUUUAUGCCCCGCUCUAACUUAACACGUAAUCAUGGCGUUUCAGGCCAAGAAGAGUAUCUACGGCCUGUACCAGUACAUUCCCAAAGCCAGCGGCGUCAAGACCAAGAAGUUCUCCUCCGAACCCGAGACCCUAAUCGGAGAACUCCCUGAUGGAUCGUAUGUUAUCCUCGGCUACUGA